GCAGCUGGUCUGGGGAGGCCGAGGGGUUCCGCAACACGGAGGGCGGGAGACUCUGGGCCGCGCGGGAGCCGGAGGGGCGCCCCGGCCUCCGCGGGGACGAUGGCGGAGGAAGAAGGGGACACGGGUUCGAGCCCUGGUCCGGGAAGAUCCCACAUGCUGCGGAGCAACUAAGCCUGUGAGCCACAACUGCUGAGCCUGCGCUCUAGAGCCCGCGAGCCACAACUACUGAGCCCAUGUGCUACAACUACUGAAGCCCUCGUGCCUAGAGCCUGUGCUCUGCAACAAAAGAAGCCAUCGCAAUGAGAGUAGCCCCCGCUCACCGCAACUAGAGAAAACCCACGUGCAGCAGAGAAGACCCAAUGCAGACAAAAAUAAAUAAGACCAACUAUAGAACUGCGCCAAAGAAAAAAGCCAAAGUCUUCAGAAAAUAAAGACUCUGCCAAAGAAGAGAAAAUCAACAAUACUGCAAUUCCUGAAAGAGUUCCAAAACAUAUAUUAUUUCAGCGCUUUGCAAAGAUAUUCAUUGGCUGUCUUGCAGCAGUUACUAGUGGUAUGAUGUAUGCUCUCUAUUUAUCAGCAUACCAUGAACGGAAAUUCUGGUUUUCCAACAGGCAGGAGCUUGAACGGGAAAUCACAUUUCAGGGUGAUAGUGCCAUUUAUUAUUCUUAUUAUAAGGAUAUGUUAAAGGCACCUUCAUUUGAAAGAGGUGUAUACGAACUGACACACAAUAACAAAACUGUAUCUCUGAAGACUAUAAAUGCAGUGCAGCAAAUGUCUCUAUAUCCAGAACUUAUUGCCAGCGUUUUAUAUCAAGCAACUGGUAGCAAUGAGAUUAUUGAGCCAGUAUAUUUCUAUAUUGGCAUUGUUUUUGGAUUGCAAGGAAUAUAUGUCACUGCUUUAUUUGUUACAAGUUGGCUUAUGAGUGGAACUUGGCUAGCAGGAAUGCUAACUGUUGCAUGGUUCAUUAUUAACAGGGUAGAUACGACAAGAAUUGAAUACUCCAUUCCUUUAAGAGAAAACUGGGCACUACCAUAUUUUGCAUGCCAAGUUGCUGCACUUACAGGCUAUUUAAAAAGCAACUUAAAUUCUUAUGGAGAGAGGUUUUGCUACUUGUUGAUGAGUGCUUCAACUUACACAUUUAUGAUGAUGUGGGAGUACAGCCACUAUCUCUUGUUUCUUCAAGCAAUAUCUCUCUUCUUGCUAGAUAGUUUUUCACUGGAGCAAAGUGACAAGGUUCAUGAAGUUUAUAAAAUCUAUAUAUUUUCUCUCUUUCUGGGAUAUUUACUGCAGUUUGAGAAUUCAGCUUUAUUGGUAUCUCCUUUAUUAAGUUUUGUAAUAGCCUUAAUGCUUGCUAAGUGCCUUCAGCUGAAUGUGAAGAAAGGAACUUUCGUGGCUAAAAUAAUGAAAGUGAUUAAUUUUUACUUGGUGUGUACUCUGACAGUGACAUUGAAUAUUAUAAUGAAGAUGUUUGUCCCACACAAAGAAAAUGGACAUAUGCUGAAAUUCCUUGAAGUAAAAUUUGGACUAAAUAUGACUAAGAAUUUUACAAUGAAUUGGCUCCUAUGUCAAGAAUCCCUUCAGGCACCAUCUCAAGAAUUUUUUUUGCGAUUGACACAGUCUUCUUUAUUACCUUUCUAUAUUUUAGUGUUAAUUACUUGUUUUCUGUCUAUGAUUCAAGUUAUUUUUAGGAGAAUUAAUAGUGGUAAGUCCCUGAAAGAAACUGUUACGCUUGAAGAUGGACAAAUUGGAGAAAGGCCAGAAAUAAUUUAUCACGUGAUUCACACUAUUUUAUUGGGCUCUCUUGCAAUGAUUAUAGAAGGCUUGAAAUACCUCUGGACUCCUUAUGUGUGCAUGUUAGCAGCAUUUGGUGUAUGUUCUCCUGAACUUUGGAUGACACUUUUCAAGUGGCUUCGAUUACGAACUGUACACCCAGUAUUGUUGGCUCUUAUUCUGAGCAUGGCUGUCCCUACUAUAAUAGGUCUCAGCUUAUGGAAAGAGUUUUUUCCAAGAUUAAUGACAGAAUUAAUGGAACUACAAGAAUUUUAUGACCCAGAUACGGUGGAACUUAUGACCUGGAUAAAAAGGCAAGCUCCAGUUGCAGCUGUUUUUGCAGGAAGUCCACAGUUAAUGGGUGUGAUUAAAUUAUGCACUGGAUGGAUGGUGACAAGCUUGCCUCUUUACAAUGAUGAUGAUCUUCUCAAGAGAAAUGAAAAUAUCUAUCAAAUCUAUUCAAAGCGAUCUGCUGAGGAUAUUUAUAAAAUACUGACAUCCUACAAGGCUAAUUACCUAAUUGUAGAAGAUGCUAUCUGCAGUGAGGUGGGACCUGUGAGAGGCUGUAGGGUUAAAGAUUUAUUAGACAUUGCAAAUGGCCACGUGGUUUGUGAAGAAGGUGACAAGAUAACCUACUCAAAACAUGGAAGAUUUUGUCAUGAGGUCAAAAUUAACUAUUCUCCUUAUGUGAAUUAUUUCACUAGAGUAUACUGGAACAGAUCCUACUUUGUAUAUAAAAUCAACACUGUGAUAUCCUUUCAGUCUUGAAAAAUAGCAGAGCCUUCGUUUCAAAGACUUAUACCACCUGAAGUAAAAUGCAAUUUUCUUCUACCUACGUGGUGUCUUUUGGAAAUCAGAGUAUGGACGUUUGAAAUGUUGCUGCUGCUUUUCCCCUCCUGCUGUUAACUGGAUCUAGAAUUCUGUGGGGGGAAGAAGAUCAAACAUUACUGUACUUUGGUAAAAUGUCAAAUCUGCCGCUCUGCAUCAUUCCAGCCAGGUGUUUUCCUUAUUGCUACAUGGUCUUUAAAGAUUUUACCUUCUAAACUAUUGUAAAAUUUUCCUCAUAAAUCUUCAUUCCAUCAUAACAUUAGUCUUGAAUUUGAAUAUGUUCAAGGUCAGAGUAUAUAUCUCAAAUAUAACAUUUAAUAAAUACUUAAUGUGAUAUAGAAUAGAAGGAAAGAAUUACUCUUUCCCUCAAGGCAGUUUCUGAAGGUAUUUCAUGUUGUAUAAUAGAACUGAAAUAUUACAAUCAAAAACUAAUUUAAAUGUUCACUGAAAAUUUGUGGCAUUUAAAUUAAAAUGGAAAUUAUAUAAAGGAAAGUGAUUUUUAAGGAUAUACAUAAAGAUAUAUCCAGAUUUUCCAUGAUACUGCUCUCCUCAUCUGCUGCUUAUGUAAAUGAGCAUUUUCUUAGUAAUAUACAGUGUAUGAUAUUGCAUUUCAUCACUUUAUGACUAUUAAGUGGUUAGUUUUUUCACUUACGCCCAUAAAUUUGAUACCAAUUGAAUCAUGAUAAAACAGUAACUCUUGUUACCUAUGUAUUUUUUAAAACAGACAUUUAAAAGAAUGUUCAAAAUUUAAAAAUAAGAAAAAAAUAAAAGAAUGUUGUUUAGGUUUUUAAAAAAUAUGGAUAUGGAGUAUAUAAUCUAUUCACAUGUUUCCCAUUGAAGUAUUAAGUAAAAAAUUAAAUCUUUAUCAGAAUGAGAAUAUGAGCAACUAAAAUGAGCAACAAUUUCUGGAGAUAUGUGCAGAUGCUGUUCAACAUACCUCUGCAUAGAGGUGUAUUUAUGAUAAAACACAAGUGCUAUUAUUUAUGAAAUGAUGAUACAAUCUUCAACAUUAAGAGCAAAAUGACAAUUAUAAUAAAAUUCAGAGCACAGUUCCACAAUCUGUUAUGUUCCUUUAAGUUAAAUGUUUUCAUAUUUUUAAUUAUUAAUUAAAAGAAAUUCUAAAUGAUUAAUUUGGCCUUAUAAAGAAAUUCAGGAUGGAUGUAUCAUUUUAAUAAGAUGGGAUACAUGUUCAGUUUUACCUUAUACACCUGUUAAGUGAACAGAUUUAAAAAUUUUUCACUUGUUAGAGUGUUGUAAAAAUUGCAAUUUCAUUACUCUAAAUUACUACAUUAGAAAGGAACAUCUUUCCAUUUUCUUUAUUUUCUGUAAUAUAUAUUUUAAAAGUACAAAAGCACAUGCAUUCUUAGAUUAGCUCUAAGAUGUUUUGUUCUUUUGGAGCUUAAGAAUUGUUUGAUGGCAGUGUCAUAUGUCUGGUGCAUUAGUUUUAUUGGUUCUCAUUUCACGUUUUUAUAUAACUUUUAACAAUUAUAUUAAGAUAGCUACAGGCAGGUUAUUUCAGGUUCUCUGUACAUCUUAAUAGUGAGUCACUAGUAUUUAGCAUCAAGCCUUACAAAAAUAUUACCAUAGUUACCUAAGUACACAGUGAAUAGUCACAGGGUAGUACUUACAAUUAGAGGGAGCAUGUAAAAUAAUGUAAUUUAAAAGUCAGCUUGCAUAUUUUGAAAGGGAAAUAGAACAACCUACUUUCUACGUAGCAUGAAAUAUUUAAUUGAAUUUUUAUUGAUUUACUUUAUGAUCAAAUAUGCUGAAUUAGUUUUGAUUGUUGUAUGUUUUUUGUUUUUGUUUUUGACAUAUUAGUAAGUUGCUUUUGCUUCUGUCAACUUAUUUCUUAAAUAAAAUAGGUUUGGAUAAGUUUUUAAUUGAAUUUUUUAAAUAAUGAAUUUUUCACUCAGCAUCAGUUGAAAAGAAAAAUGUGAACUUUAUUAUAGAAAUAAUAAUACUGGGUAUGAAAGAUAAGCUUAUUUGCUUCUAUCUUAGCUAUAGUUAAAACAAUAGUGCUAGAAAACUUUGAGGAGCAUUUAAUUAAUUUCCUUAUUUGUAGAGUAAGAAAUGAUUAAGAAUUCUGCAAGUAAUUCCAUUUGGGUAACUUACAGUUGUUAGGUAUGACAAUAAAGAUCUACUGUGAAAGGGGCAAAAUUUAUGGGUUUGGGGUAGAAGGAAUUUCUCAAAGAAAUACAAAACGUAGAUACUUUGCCCUUGAUGUUGCAAAACUAUUGAAAUAAGUGCCUUAAUAAGGAGGUUAAAACAAGAAGGUUAAAAGUAAAUAAAAGUUUACUUUUUAUUUUCAAAAACAAUUAUCCAUUUCUUACUUUUUCAUAAGAAAAGUUUGGUAACUUUUUCCUCAUCAUUAAGCACAGAGAAAGAAUCCUCACUAUGCUAUUUUCACUAUUAACUUUAAUUCAUUGGUAAGCAAAUCUUUGUUAAGGGUAGUGAUGGGAUUUCUAGCCUGCUAAAUUAAUUUAUUUAGCUUCUCAAAUGUCAAACAAUCGAACAAGUAAAACUUACUUGAUAAGAUGUAUGAUAUUGACUCUGCUGGUUUAUAUUUUCUCUAACUUUGGCAUCUGUGUGGGUGCUUUUUGUUAGACUGGUAGGGUUUCACAGCCUAUGGAGUAUGCAUUGCACUUCUAAAUUUUUUUCUUCAUUACUUUCUGAAUAUAUAAACAGCAUGUUUUUUCAGGACAUUAACCCAAAUUGGUAAAAGCCUAAUGUUAUGACACUCUUCCGUACAGUCUAGAUUGAUUCAAGGAAAAGUAGAAAUGGAGGUCAAAGUGUGUUACAAGUUGGGGCUGAAAAAUAUGCUUUAAAAAAAUAGGCUGUUAAUUUCUUGAAAGGAACAGUGAAUAGCCAUCUUAUUAAACUUUGUUGUUUUGGGGAAAUCAAUUGUUUUUUGGCCCUUUCUGUUUUUGAACUGUUAAAACAUUUUGUUGCCUUUUGUGGGUAAAAGUAGUGUCUCUCUUUAUAAAAUUUUGGGGUUUCUAAAAGUUGUAUGUAAGUCAAUUUCUUGGUAAAUUUAUGUUAAAUGCAUGAAUAUUUAAAAGGCAUAUAUUAUGAACUAUUCUGUGUAUUUAAGAACCUAUUGUAAAGCAAAUAACUACUUCCUGAUUUACAUCUCAAUGUAUUAUCUCAUUUGUCCAGUUUUUAAAAUAUAUAUUCUCUAUUGUUGCUAUUUGCUAAUAGUUUUAGAUCCCAAUAUGUAUUAAAAUGACAGCUCUGAAAAGUUGCAAGUAAAAUUGAACAAUUUCUUAUUGAAAUAAUAGCUCAUUAUUUAGUUUUUGAAUGUGUAAAAUUAAUACUUUAAAUAAAGUUAGUUGUGAAAAUUGCAAAGGAAUGUAUUUGAUUCAGCCAUUUUCCAUCCAUUAAGGUUUCUAAGCAUUAUAUUUGUUUUCCAUAAUAAAAAAAAAGGGGAGCAUUUUAGAACCAUAUUUGCUGAAUUUAACAUAAAAGCAUCUCUGAAUCAUUUCUGUUAAGAAGUCUCUUAGAAUUUGCAACAUUCUAAUUUUGGUAUAUAUAAUCUUAUGUGCAGUUUUUUUUUUUUUGGCUGUGCUGGGUCUUUGUUGCUGUGCGCGGGCUUUUCUCUAGUUGCGGCGAGCGGGGGCUAUUCUUCGUUGCGGUGUGCGGGCUUCUCAUUGAAGUGGCUUCUCCUGCUGCAGAGCACAGGCUCUAGGUGCGUGGGCUUCAGUAGUUGGGGCAUGCAGGCUCAGUAGUUGUGGCACACAGGCUUAGUUGCUCUGUGGCAUGUGGGAUCUUCCUGGACCAGGGAUCAAACCCGUGCCCCCUGCUUUA